UCUGAUGCCCCUGGCCGAGAAGCGGGAGAAGAGCUGCUCCUUCCCGCCCAUGAUGAUCGAGGAGGACGCCGCCCUGAGGAACGGCAGCAGGGGGCUCUCCGGCCAGUGGGCGGACACGGCGGCGGCGCGACCCCGCACCACGGAGCGGCACAUCACGGUGCACAAGCGCCUGGUGCUGGGCUUCGCCGUCUCCAUCCUGGCUCUGCUGCUGGUUACCAUGAUCGCUGUCUUGCUCAGCGUGCGCAUCGAGGAGUGCAGCAGCGGCGACGCGGACAGCGCAGCGGGCAGGGCGGGCAACGGCAGCGUCCCGGCCGCUGCGGGGAGCGCCCGGCAGAACCGUAACCACGCCGGGGAGCCCCCCGGGCGCGGAGGGGUGGAACCGGCGGGAGGCGGGCAGGACGAGGAGGAGGAGGAGUGGCAGCGGCGGCAGGAGCCUCCACCCUGGACCCAGCUGCGCCUGCCCGGGCCCCUGCGGCCCCUUCACUACAACCUGAUGCUGAGCGUGUUCAUGGAGAACUUCACCUUCGGCGGCGAGGUCAACGUGCAGGUCGAGUGCCUCAACGCCACCCGCUACAUCGUCCUCCACGCCCACCGCGUGCACAUCGAGGCCGUCCGCGUGGCCGAGGACCGGCUGGCCGGGGCCCUGCGGGUCUCCAGCUUCUUCCUCUACCCUCAGACCCAGGUCUUCGUGGUCGUCCUCAACCGGAGCCUGGAGGCGCUACGAAGCUACAACCUCAAGAUCCUCUACCACGCGCCCAUCGAGAACGAGCUGCUGGGCUUCUUCCGCAGCUCUUAUGUCCUCUACGGGGAAAGAAGAUUUCUUGCAGUUACACAGUUUUCUCCUACCCAUGCCAGAAAAGCUUUUCCUUGCUUUGAUGAGCCUAUCUACAAGGCUACAUUCAAAAUCAGCAUCAAACAUCAAGCAACCUAUUUAUCUUUGUCCAAUAUGCCUGUGGAAACUUCUGUUUUUGAAGAAGAUGGAUGGGUUACAGAUCACUUUUCACAGACUCCUCUCAUGUCUACAUAUUACCUAGCUUGGGCAGUUUGCAACUUUACAUACCGUGAGACUACCACUAAAAAUGGUGUUCUAAUACGAUUAUAUGCAAGACCUGAUGCUAUUAGAAGAGGAUCUGGGGAUUAUGCUCUGAACAUUACUCGGAGACUAAUUGAAUUUUAUGAAGACUACUUCAAAGUUCCCUACUCACUUCCAAAAUUAGAUCUAUUAGCUGUGCCUAAGCAUCCCUAUGCUGCUAUGGAGAACUGGGGAUUAAGUGUUUUUGUGGAGCAGAGAAUACUUCUGGAUCCCAGCAUUUCUUCCAUAUCUUACUUACUUGAUGUCACAAUGGUCAUUGUACAUGAGUUAUGCCAUCAGUGGUUUGGUGACCUUGUGACUCCAGUGUGGUGGGAAGACGUAUGGCUAAAAGAAGGCUUUGCUCACUAUUUUGAAUUUGUUGGAACUGACUAUCUUUAUCCUGGCUGGAAUAUGGAAAAGCAGAGGUUUUUGACUGAUGUAUUACAUGAAGUAAUGCUGCUUGAUGGUCUCGCCAGCUCACAUCCAGUGUCACAAGAAGUUCAACAAGCCACAGACAUUGACAGGGUGUUUGACUGGAUUGCCUAUAAAAAGGGUGCAGCCUUAAUUCGAAUGCUGGCUAAUUUUAUGGGUCACUCAGUGUUUCAGAUGGGCCUACAAGAUUAUUUAACCAUUCACAAGUACGGCAAUGCUGCCAGAAAGGACCUCUGGAAUACACUAUCAGAGGCACUAAAAAAAGUGGGGAAAUCUGUGAAUAUUCAAGAAGUAAUGGAUCAGUGGACACUCCAGAUGGGUUAUCCCGUUAUCACCAUCAUGGGAAAUGAAACUGUUGACAACAUCAUAAGAAUCUCUCAAGAACAUUUUAUUUAUGAUCUUGAUAUUAAAGCCAAAGAUCCUGGUCUUGGAAACAACAGCUACUUGUGGCAGAUUCCAUUAACAAUUGCAGUAGGAAAUACGAGCCACAUCUCAUCAGAGGCAAUUAUAUGGGUGUCUAACAAAUCAGAGCAUCACAGGAUUGCUUCGCUCGAUGAGAAGAACUGGCUGCUAGGGAAUAUAAAUCAAACUGGCUAUUUUAGGGUUAAUUAUGAUGUUAGAAAUUGGAAACUGUUAAUUGACCAAUUAAUAAGAAAUUAUAAGGUAAUCUCUGUCAGUAAUCGUGCAGGUUUGAUCGAUGAUGCAUUCAAUUUAGCCAGAGCUGGCUAUUUGCCUCAGAAUAUUCCACUGGAGAUUAUAAAAUACCUAUCUAAGGAAAAGGAAUUUCUGCCUUGGCAUGCUGCCAGCCAAGCUCUUUAUCCUCUAGAUAAAUUGUUGGACCGAACUGAAAACUACAACAUCUUCAAUGAAUAUAUAUUAAGACAAGUUGCUUCAAUGUAUCUGAAACUUGGAUGGCCAACAAACAAUGUGGAGAAAUCCUUUGUUCAAGCUUCCUUCCAAGCUUCCUACCAGCAUGAGGAGUUACGCCGUGAAGUCAUUAUGCUGGCUUGCAGUUUUGGCAAUAAGCAUUGCCACCAACAGGCUGCAACAUUAAUCUCAGAUUGGAUUUCCAGCAACAGAAACAGAAUACCAUUAAAUGUAAGAGACAUCGUCUACUGCACAGGAGUUUCAUUGAUGGAUGAAGAUGUAUGGGAAUUCAUCUGGAUGAAAUUCCACUCUACAGUUGCAGUGUCAGAGAAGAAAAUAUUGUUAGAAGCCUUAACAUGUAGUGAUGACAGAAAUUUAUUAAACAGGCUUCUUAACCUAUCUCUUAAUUCAGAAGUUGUCUUGGACCAGGAUGCGAUUGAUGUAAUCAUUCAUGUAGCUAGAAAUCCUCAUGGAAGAGAUCUUGCUUGGAAGUUUUUUAGAGAAAAAUGGAAAAUAUUGAAUGCAAGAUAUGGUGAAGCAUUAUUUAUGAAUUCCAAACUUAUCAGUGGAGUCACAGAAUUUCUUAAUACAGACAGUGAACUAAAUGAGCUAAAGAACUUUAUAAAGACCUAUGAGGAAGGAUCUGCUGCCUCUUUUUCCAGAGCUGUGGAAACUGUGGAAGCCAAUGUCCGGUGGCAAACACUUUAUAAAGAGGAAUUAUUUCAGUGGCUAAGGAAGUCAUUGACCCACUAAUCAGUGUUUCUGACAGAGACUUAGUACCUUGUUUUGCAAGAGGAGAAUCACAAUGUGAAAUUUCAAGAACCUGUGACUGGAAAUCCAAUGAAGACAAGUUCCAUUUGGAAGGAUAUAUAGAUAUAGAUAUAUUAUAUUUUUGCACCAAUCUCCUCAAAACUGUAACAGCCAAGGGAAGGGGGAAAAUACUCUGACAAAGAGAAAAGAAAAAAUUCAAGGGAGUUUGCUAACCUGAAGAAAUGCACUCAGAUAAUACCUACUUUGUUACUUUGAUUUGGUACCGUGUUGCAUAUUAGAUUCACAACAUAAGUCAAUUCUGAAGUCCUUUCAAGAAAAAAAUAUAAAUGCUCUUCUUGCACAUGGUGAGUUCUCUGUUAAUACAUUUGAUUACUAGGCAUUGGUCCACUGUUAGAAACUACACAUAUCUGAUCUUUUGUUGAUAGUAAACUAAUGUAAAAAAGAACCGGCCAAAAUCAGUUUCCCAAGAUACUGGUUGCCUUUAUUCCACACCAAUACCCCUUGUUGUAUUAUGUAAGAGAAAGAGACCUAAUUCACUGGGAAAGGUAAGCAUAUGGUUUAGCUUCUUCCACUGAAAUCAGUGGGACUUAAAUGCAUUUCUUUAUUCUCUGGAUUUUACUCUUCAUGAAAACAGAUAUGGCUAACAGUAUGCACCAGUGGCUCAGAUACUGAAAUACAAGUGAAAAAGAAGCCAAAAUGUAUUGUUCAAAGCGCAUUAAUCUCUCAUGAAAGCUGCUUUUAUGAGUUUCCCAAUGUUUUGAGUUCCAAACUUUAAUAAAAUGAAUGACUACAAUAACAAUAUUCAUGCAGAUGAUACGUAGAUUAUAAUUUUGCAUAUAACUAAAAUAUGAAUCACUCACAAGAACCUUUUGCAAUGUGAUUCUUUUACUCUGGACAGUUGUUCACCAAUAUAGUUUAAACACACCAGAGUCACAACUUUCAUGAAUUUUUACAUAAUAUUUUUAUAACAUUAAAUUUGGAUAAACAUGGAAGCAUUUAGCUGGUUUAUUAAUAUGAUUGUGCUCUUCAGUGACAGAACUACAAAUUCAAAAUUACAGCAAAGCAGUUAUUCUCAUAGCCACUAAUAUCUAUUCUCCUGAUAACACUUGUAUCAUACUUUUAUUUACCAAUUUUUUUAUUUGCCCAGAAUUUCCCUUUAGUUUAUUCAUAAUAUUUUUGGGUACCAUAACCAUUACAUGGUUCCAAAACGUAAGUUGUGCAAAACCAAGUUUUGCCAAGGAGGUUUGCCAUAGCAAACUAACAUAUCAUUGCAUCAAUCUGAAUUAGAAUUGCAGAUUGUCUUCAGGUGCUCUUGCUUUCUCUGAAUUUUGUACAAAUUUUGCAGCUAAGAGUAUUAGGUUCAAAGUUGUGAAUACAUUUUCAAGGCUGAAGGCAUAAGCAGUUGAUUCUGUAACAUGUUGAAAUGUCACCAGGUAUAAUCAUUAGUGCCAUUUGUCCCUUUUCAAUUUUAUCUCUGCGACUUCUGUAAAAUACUUUUAUAACAGAAAUCCCAACUGGGAGUCAGUGUGAUAUAGUUGUUAAGAGCAGUGGACUCUAAUCAGGAGUACUGAAUUUGAUUCCUCACUGUUCCACAUGAAACCUGCUGGGUGACAUUGGACUAGUCACAGUUCUCUCAGAAUUCUCUCAACCCCACCUACCUCACAAGGUGCCUGUUGUGGGGAGAGGAAGGGAUUGUACUUGUAAGCUGCUUUGAGAUUCCUUAAGGAAGAAAAAAGUGGAAUAUAAAAAGUAGCUCUUCUUCAAUUUAUAUUUCAGAACUCAGGGUAACGAGAAAUUUAGUUUCGUUUUGUUUUUCCAGAUAUAAUACAUCUUCAUAAUUAUGGCUGUGAGCUCAAGACUGGUUUCACAAACUAACCAUAGUUAAAAAUAAACUUCAAUUUCACUGUUUCACUGUUUUUGAAUCAAUGUAUAAAAUACAUGGAAUUUUAUGAGGCUUUCCAAUGAGGUUGUUGCAAAAUUAUUGCUUUUUGGUUCAACUCUCUGCUUCGCUGAUGUUAGCCAGAAUUCAUUCUUAAAUUAUGAGCCUGUACCACUCUUCAAACACCAAAACACAUUAAAAGUUAUUCUGGCUUCUCCUGGCUGCCAUUGUCUUUGUGGUUCUAGGACAUGGUGAUAACAUUCCUCCCCCACUGAAUUUUUAACUGGGCUAUAGUGUCACUUUACUGGCUUUAGUUGCAUUUUUCAACACCAUGAACUACACAGAUUUUAAAAUGUGAGAUACUGCCAGAUUUUUUGUAAUCCUGAUUAUUUAUUAUGCUAGUUCAAGAUAUUAAUGGACAUGAUUUGACUCAUAUUCCCUUGAAUAUGUUUCAGUUGUGGUAAAAUUGUGGCAGAAGAUAUUUCUUAUAAAUGUGGUAUUCAUGCUACAAAAGGAUGUGUCCGUAGGGUCACAAUCCAGUAGUGUCAGGUUUGCCCAAGACCAUUGGUAUCAAAAAGUUUAAAUGCAAAAGACUCCUGGAUUAUGGGAUGGUCAAAGGCAUUCCACUCAGUUUUAUCAUGGUCCUCCCCCUCACCCCAGGGCAAGUUGUGGCAUGACAAGUUGUCUUCUAUGGUUGCUACUGCUUUCUCCAGUCUGAACAAUAUUGGGUGGUAAUUCUGUGAAUCUUUUGUACUGUGUGUGUGUUCUAUCUUGGCGUCAUACAAACUGUGGACUGAGCUUGGAAAACUCAUAGUGGAAUUAUCGGUUGAUUAUCUCAGUAUAAAGUAGAGAAAAUGGAAAGUUACUAUCACCUAUAAUAUAUAUAUUAGUGUGGAUGCAAUCAUCCUCCAAGGAGCCUUCCUCCAACUUGUGGCUUUUCUAUUGGAUAAGUAUUCAUUUAAGUUGGAGGAAGCCUCUUUAGGUUGAAAACUGGCUUACUGUAGUAGGAUGGGAUAAGAUACACCCCAUUGUUCAGAAUGUGUCUAUUAAAUGUAUUGGAUGGGGGCAUUAGCUCUCCAUUUGUGAAUUAUCCAGAGCAGUUUAAAUGAACAUGCACCUUGAUACUCUUUUGGACAAAAAAUAAUCCCUAUUACGAUGUUUAAAAAUGCUUAAUGAAUGUUUACAUAUUUAUAUGUAUGCUUGCAAUUACAGGUAACUUGACUCAAUAUUUGUUUGUUUCAUUUAGUAACUGACAACGUAGUAACUCACAGUAUGAGUGAUGAACUUAGCAAAGGUCCCUAGUUCAAAUCUUCCACAGUCACUAAGUGGCUAUUAGGGGAUGUUUCACUAUCAUUUUCCCCAAUCUACAGGACAGGAACAAUAAUACUGUCCUAUCUUAAAUGGUUGUUGCUAGGAUUAGUGAGAUACUCUAUAUUAAGCAGUUUGAACACUUAAAGCACUACAUAGAUGCUAAAUGUUACUACAAAAUUACUAUGACCCAUCAUAACAAUAUGAUCUGCCAAGUUUAGAAUACUGUAUUAUCAAUAGUGUGUCAGCUUUCACUUUAUUACAGACAGUUCAUUAAAACCUCACCUCUAUACAGGACCAAUGAAAGCUUUGCUGCAUCCAGAAACUACCCAUCAUAUAUGUUCUUUGUAAAAAGGCUGGCUAAUGUAUAUGUAAAAUAUAAUUUUGCUGUGUUGUCAUGAUCUGCAAAUAAAGCAGAUAUUUCUGUGAACAAUAUUAUAAGAAAUCACAAAUCCUGAAUCUAAAAUUGUGCAGAAAAGGUUCAAACCCCUCCCCCAUUUUUACAGAAACUGAAUACAAUUAUGAAGCACAUUAUCUGGAUAUCUGGUUCUCUGAUUCUACAAGUGCUGUACAAAUGGAAGUGCCAAUAAAUGAUUGAUAACAAAGCACAUGCUCCCCUAAAAAAGAACAGCUCUUAGCAUCACAAAACAGAAAUAUGCUGUAGAUAAAGGGUGAGUGCAACAAAGGAGGGGUUUCUUUUGAACAUUCUGUGUCUAUAUUUUAGAGUUUAAGCAAAAUCUUUUUCAACAUCUUUGUAGUCCAGGUUCUAUAUCUGCUGUGCACUGAAUGACUGGAUCCUUGCACCAUGCUGUAUUUGCUGGGACAAAUUAGUAGGAAACCCUUGAGCACAUACAUGUUCUAUGUGUGCAUUAGAACUUGAAUAAACAACAGGGCUUAUUGGGAUGGGAUGUGUUUUUAUUUUGAAACUAAUACCACUUCUCUUUCAUUCUGUAUGUGCGUUGAUUCCCUGUCUUAGAGAUUCCUGUGUGCAUGAGCAAGAUUUCCAAUUACUAAAACAAAUAGUUUGAACAGAGCACUACUGUACACUGAACUCUUGCCCAGCUUUACAUUACUAUGCUAUGUAGAAUUGCUAGUUUUAGAUUCAUAUUUUAAGUGCAUUCCUGUUGUUUGAUUAAAAGUGCACCAGGGCUUACCCGGGGCGCUGUUGCUGCAGGGGAGGAAGGAAUGAUCGGCUCACCUCCCCGUCGUCAGAUCGACAGGUCACAUGACAGGAGUGGGAACCGUGACGUGACAAGGGAGCCGGGCAGGCUAUUUAAGCCAAUGCCCGGCUCAGCCCAGCCCAGCCUCCUUACAAGGCUGCCGGUGAGCGGAGCGAUUGCUCCAGUUUGCAAAGCGGUUGCUCCAGUUCACAGCUGGCUGGGCCUGAGGCUUCGUCCAGGCCGGACACCAACACGGAGGGAACCGAGAGGAGUGGGGGAGGGAGAUUCCCCUGGGCAGCGAGAGGGGAAUCUCCCGGCGCCCUCACGCAGCCAGACUACGAUCAUUAGGCUCCGUGGGCGGCUGGUUCACCACUUGUCGGCCCAUGCCCGUGGCAUUUAUCGGGGCCCUUUAGAUCGAGGCUGGUGGGACCAGAAAGGCUCCGUGGGCGGCAGGUUCGCCGCUCGUCGGCCCAUGCCAUUGGCGGGGCUGUAAAACCACGCAGGCAAUAGGUACGGGAGGGAGCUCCAGGAGGGGGUCUGUUGGAGGGUGUACUGUAGACCCCCCUCCCCAAAACGAAGGGGACCCUCCACGGCCACCAGUGGCUGCCCUGCAUGGGGCCUUGUGCGGGUCAAGUAGGCCCAGAGCAGAGGCUGGGCACCAAAAGAAGUAGAGGAGGGUGACGGUGGCCAUUUUGAGCCUUCGGUUGCCAGGCAGUUUACAGAAGCCAUUUUAGGUCCUUGUUACUGGGCAGUUUUUCCACGGUGGCUGAUUGGUUAACUGAUUUUCCAGUUCUCCAUACAGUUCUCCAUACAGUGACUUGUUGUAAGGGGCCAAUUUUUCCCAGUUAGUCGGAAGGGGUUGGUAGGUUAUAUACCUAGCCUAUUUUAGGGUUAGUCUCCUUUCUAAUUAGUUCACUAAUUAGCAUCCAUAUUGGCAAAGAUAUAAAAAUAAAUAAAUAAAAAUUUUAAAAAAUAGAAUAAUAGGGCUGCGGUUGUCCCUGAGUCUGCUUAGCAGGACUAUGGCGACAAAAUGUAAAAAGGCUGAAAAACACUACCGGACGGACUCCAGUUGUGGUAGAAACAGCCUUAGAGGCCCGGGAUAGGCCAAUGUCUGACGAUGCCCCUCAGUCUCGGCACUCAAGCAACAGUGUCAUGUCAGACUCAAGGGGGCAGGUGGCCCAGGGAGCACACAGCACUUUGGCUGCUCACGCGGGACAAAGCACAUCAGUUGCCAAUAUGGCCGAAGGCACUUCAGUUGCUCUCGAGGAGACUGUGAGAUCGCAAAAUCAGGUGACUCCGUCCAGAGCCAGGGCGGGGGCAGCUACCCCCAGGGUCUGUCAGUUCUUCAUGGUCAUCAGUGAUAAUGCACUCCUGUUGCCAUUUCCUUCUUAAAAGGUCCAGUGUCUCAUUUUAAUGCUGAUUUUAUUUUAUGGUUUAUAUCACUAUCAGCCCCAACCAAACGGCUGGGCACCCAGCCAAGGUGCCAUAGUUGUAUCACCCCACUGUUCCCAAGGGGGCUUUCCAGCAGCAUGGGGAGGCAGAAGACACACACAAAAAAUUCUCCCUGCUGCCAGAAAGCCCCUAUUGGGCUUAAUGUCCUAAGCCCUGACUACCAGCAUAAUGGGGCAAUGGCCAGGUAUUAGCAUUGGCUUAUCCCCAUGUCCCCAGACCAUUUCCACUGUGACCACAGUGGGGGCCCAGGGGAGGACCAAUCUGCCAGCACAGCCCAGUGCCACUCCCAGAGGUGGAUUCUCCCCCUUGUAUGGGGCUGAAUGCUAAUAAAGGUUUGAUUGAAGUCGCAUUUAGAACUACUUGAUCACAUGUUUAAAUCCAGCCUUCAGAGAAGCACAGCAAUUAUACGCCAUCUCAGGACUGCAGAAAUAAUACCACAAACUCCAAUUGUAGCACGUUUUUAAACGCUGUGCUAAGUUAGUCAAGUAAUUUGCUUCUACGUAAUAUAAUCCAUAAAGCAUUGGGGGGAGGGGGGUUGCCAUCAAAUUGCAACAGUCUUCUGGCGAUCUCAUAGGGGUUUCAAAGGCAAGAGAUAUUUAUAGGUAGUUUGCCAUAGCCUGCCUCUGUAUUUCUUCAUCUACCUUCCAAAUACUAACUGGGGCUGACCAUGCUUAGCUUCAGAGAUCUGACAAUAGUGGGCAAGCCUGGAUGAUCAAGGUCUGGUGUUUUUUUCCCCUCUUUAACAUAAAGAUAUAUAGACUGGAUCAUAAAACUGGUGUCUCAAAAUAAUUCUAUUUAAAAAAAUCUUUUACUACUAUGUUCAUUUGUUUCUUUGUCAUCCUGGCAUUUGUGGGUAAGAAUGGGCACAUUUUCAGUAAAUAUUCCUGGUAAAUAGAAGCAUUGCCAAGAAAUUUAAAGCAUUGACCAAAUAAAAUAUGAGUUUGUAUUACCAUUUAGUGCAAGUAUUUUUCUACAAUAUGCCUUUAAAACUAUUCUAUAAAUACUGAACCAGAUGUAUUCAAUGUGAAAUUUUUAUUCCAUGCUAAGGACUCAUUAAAUGGCUUUUUUCUAAAUGAGAAACUUUAUUCUGUAUUUUAAGCUGAACACAUUUGAAUGUUAUCUCUGAUAAUAAAAUUUUGUACAGUAA